CGGCGCGUUCCCGCGACCAUGAGGGCCAUCAUUGUCUUGAUUGAGUUCCAGCCGACCGCGGAUGGACACGAGGACGUCGUGGAGCUGCUCAGGUACUCUGCGAAGGGUGGGGGCUGUGUCCAGGUGCGGGUGCUGCGCGCCAUAGACGCGAGUGGGUACUGGAAGGCCCGCGUGCAGACCUGUACCGACUCAUUCCCAACAUAUUAUUUGACGUUAGCGCUGAAGCUCCACAAAUUCUGCGUGUGCGUGGCAGAAGUGCAUGCGUGCCUGAACAAGAUCUCCAGCAAGCUGUCAGACAAGGUAUCCGCCUUCGUGAGGGAUCUGCUGGAGCAGCCUGAGUUGUUGUUUGAUACUGCGCUGUUGGACGCAGCGGAGAAGCUGCUCGCCGCGUCCUUGAUCACAUUCCCCAUGUCCGCUGCCCUCGUCGACGCGCAGUCGCAGGUCGGGUCCCGAGUGGCAGAGAUGAACGCCGCCGCCCGCGUCGACAACUUCAACAAGGAGCGGAGGACCGCCGCUAACAACGUCAUAAAGUUUGCUUCGAGCGUCCAGCGCCACGAGCUGAUCUGCAAGGCGCUCCUGGGCCGGAUCUCCGCAGACUACACUGGCCAGAUCGACUCGGUGCACGUAGAUGCGGGGCUGAAGCUGAGCGACGCCGUCCCCGGGAAGGGCUCGACGCUCAAGAGUCUCUUCGAAGUCACGCAGACGUCGUUCACAUGCCGCCUCAGCGUUCAGAAGAUGAAGGCCAUGGAGGACGGUGACGCUCCAUCCACUACCGAGGAGCAGAAAGAGACGACGACAAAGAUGCGCCGAGCCCCCUGCCGCGUGAAGGAACUCGAGCACGCCGUGACACAGGAUAUCAGCGACAUCAAGGUCAUGGAGCUCACGCAGAUAGCCGACAAGGAGAUGCACGCCGCCGCCGUGGCCUCAGCCGAGCCCGAGAACGGCUGCUCGUGGGCGGAGCUCGCGGCAGCCUGCGAAGUGAAGCUGAAGGGGGUGGACUUCGGCAAGGCGCGCGAGACGGCAGACGCUUGCAAGGCCAAGCGCGACGACUUGAAGACGGCCCUCCAGGACGCUGGCCACACGGGGCCCGAGACGGAGCGCACGAAGCAGGCCAUCAUCUUCCUCCAGGCGCUGGUGAUCGCCAGGACGGAGCAGUUGAUCUGCGCCGCGAUCGCCAAAGAUAGCAUCGAGAAGACAGAGCAGCGCAUGGAUAUCCAGACGGCCAUCAGGAAGCUGCGCAGCUACGGCGUGCAGGAGAAGACGUCGCUGCACGCGUCGAUGUUCCGGCGCGCCUUCCAGGUGAUCGCGUGGAA